GGUCAGCAGGAGAGUGUACAAGACUCAGUAGGGCAGUGUACAGGUGGUCAGUAUGGCACAAAAUACGGGUCAGCAGGGCAGAGGAUGGGAGAUCAGCAGGGGAGUGUACAAGAGUCAGUGGGGCAGUAUACAGUGGUUCAGUAGGGCACAGGAUAGGGGUCAGCAGCAGAGGAUGGGAGGUCAGCAGGGGAGUGUGUAAGAGUGAGUAGGGCAGUAUACCGGGGUUCAGUAGGGCAGAGGAUAGGGGUCAGUAGGGCAGAGGAUAGGGGGUCAGCAGGGUAGAGGACAGGGGUCAGUAGAGGAGUAGACA